CGUUUGAUACUAUACUUAUACCAGCAAAGAUGCUCGGCCGCGAGCCUCCCACCCGGCACCCGAUCGAGACUCCCGAGGACGGAAAAAACUGCGGGAAAAAUCGAGGGAAAACAUUGGAAAAAUCAACGAAAACAAAGGAAAGGCGGAAAAAAUUAAAAGGAUCGGGCUGAGCCGGCGCACCGCAGGGGAUCCGUGCUCGGCACGGGGCGAGCGGAGAAAACAUGGUGUGGUGGAUCAUCCGGCGAUCGCAACGGCGGCGCCACCCCCUCCCCUUCGCGGUGGAGCAGCGGGUGUCGCUGGUGAACGUGAAGCUGAAGUGGGUGAAGGACCGAACCCUUGAUUCGGUAGUGGCCCGCGAGCGGCACCUUCUCCCCGCACUCCACCUGCUCGAGCGCAUCUCCUCCGACCCUCGUGGCCGCGUCCCCGCCAACGAGCUCUCCAGGCGCCGCCGCCAGCUCGGCCUCCCAGAUGGGCUUAAGCUAACCGUCUUCUUGCGCCGCUUCCCGGCCGUCUUCCGCGAGUCCUCCGCCCCCGGCGCCGGCAGGCGCAUCCCCUGCUUCGCCCUCACCGACGACGCCCUCCGCCUCCGCUGCCGAGAGCUCCAGGUCCUCCGCCAUGCCGAGAUGGACCUCGUCGACCGCCUCCGCCGGCUCCUCAUGCUCACCACCGGCCGCGCCCUUCCCCUCCAUACCGUGGACCAGCUGAGGUGGGACAUGGGCCUGCAGCCAGACUAUCACCGGACCUUCGUCCCCCGCUACCCGCACUUCUUCGAUCUCGUCCGGCCUCCCGGCGACGAGCGCAUCUGGCUGAAGCUGGCGUCGUGGGACGACCGCCUCGCCGUCUCGGAGCUCCAGAAGGCCGCCAGGGAGCGACACGAGGACGGGGAGUGCCUGGCGUUCCCGGUGAGGUUCACGAGGGGCUACGGGCUGAAGAAGAAGUGCAUGGCGUGGCUGCAGGAGUGGCAGACGCUGCCCUACACGAGCCCCUACUCCGACGCUUCGGGUCUCGACCCCCGGACCGACGUCUCCGAGAAGAGGAUCGUGGGAGUCUUCCACGAGCUCCUGCACCUCACCCUCGGGAAGAAGACGGAGCGGAGGAACGUAAGCAACCUGCGGAAGCCGCUGGGCCUGCCCCAGAAGUUCACCAAGGUGUUCGAGCGCCACCCAGGGAUCUUCUACUUGUCGCAGAAGCUGGGGACACAGACGGUCGUGCUCAGGGAAGCAUAUUGCGGUGGCCGAGACCUUCUCAUAAAACAUCCCCUUGUUGAAAUCAGAGAGAGGUAUUUGGCGAUGAUGAGGGCAGGGAUGCCGGCGAGAGGAAGGAGGACUCCCCCUAAGGAGAUGGAGAUGGAGCUGGGAGGGCCUGGCACUGGUGAUACCCCCACGAUGGAUGCAGACAAGGAUGACAACUCUGGUGGCUACACUUCGUCCAGUGAAAUCUGUGAUUUUUAUUCUGAUUCAUUUUCAGAGGAUGAUUCCGAUGAAGUGAUUGAUGCUCCUUUUAGUUGACAUCUUUGUGCUGCUCCCCUACCCUGCUGCCAUUGUCAAAAUUCUCUCAAUGUUGGACAGGUGUGCUAAACAACAACAACAACUCACUGGCCAGGGUAUCAUUUCAUGUCAUACAUCCUGUAGAAAGGCUAACUUCGAAACCAUUCUAGGCAAGUGAGAGAAUACAUCCGCCAUCCAAGUUCGAAGCUGUCUAAGUUUGAGUUUGCAACUCAGUUUGCAAUGCAUAUUCAUUUGGUAUUGAUUUCCUAGUCAGACAAGAGAGGCUUCAUGCCCAUUGCUUUCCUAGUCAGACAAGAGUUAGGACAGAAGAUAUAGUUUCUAUAUGAAUGAAUGAGGGAUCAUGAUUGGAGAUGAGAAAACUUGCCUCAUUAUCUGCUGAAUUAAUGAAUCAAACAUUGGUAGGGUGCAGGAAGAUGGGGGAGGAAGUGCUGAGGUCCGUGGAUUCCCAGAAAGCAUUAACUGCCUCACUCUGAAAUCAUUUGUUCGCCGAUAUCACAAAGGGGAGAGUUGCUAGAAAGAUCUUAAACCAAGGAGAUGCAGUACAGGGAAGAACUGUACGAUUAUAUUCUCUGAUGAGUUUAUGAUAGUCGCUAUUAAAGGACAAUAUAUGCUUGAAACUCAAUGUUGUAUCUGAUUUUGGUGGAGGUUUGCAUAUGAUUUUGCAUGAUUGAGUCUUUAUUUUUAACUGUCAGAUAUUUGUUUCCGGCAGUAAAACUGCAUCAGUUUCUUUGCAAAUGGAACUGCAUCAAUGCAAAUCAGCACAUAUCCCAAUCAUCUGAUCACAUGCAAAAGAUCACAUGCAAAGGUGCAACGUCAAGCCCCAUGCCCGCCUUGGAUAUCUCCAUUACCAACGCAAGCGCCACCUCCUCAUUCGGAUCUAGCCUAGGUGAGUCCCCUCCAUUGCUCCCUUCUACUCCUUCCACUUCCUCCUUUCUCCCUUCCUCUCCUUCCUCCUCUCUAGCCUUACUCUUUUUCUUUGCUUCCAAAAUGUUAUGUUCAAUAUGUUACAAACCAAUAUAUUUUCUCUCGUUGGCCAAGGCCGCUAACAAGUACCAUAUUGAUCAUCAGCUAGCAUUGCCUGAUAGUAUGUAUUUUUCUAAUCUUGGCAGACAGUUUGGUAGGUAGUGUUUAUCAACAGCAUAUAGUUUAUUCUCAAUAAGAUUUUAAUUUUGCUGA